AUGGGUCGGCGCUAUUCCGAUAGGGAGGGCAGUCCCGACGAUCAGGGUACGCAACCUGGAAAGAUAAACUAUGCGACCCAGCAAGAAGAAGAUGACCGCCUAUAUCCAAAUCGUCCGAGAAACAAACAUCAGACUCUGCCUUUCCGCACGUUAUAUCAAGAUCUCUUCGAUCCCCUGCUAGCUAACAAGUCAUCUAAUCAACCUAACAAACGGAGAAAGGUCGGUCUCAAGGCUGUCGACAGACGCAGCCCCCAUGAGAUACGUCGAGCUAUCAUCGAACGUUAUAUUUCAAGAUGGCGUCGAGACGUUGGCGACGACUUUUACCCCGCAAUGCGUCUCAUUCUGCCAGACAAAGACCGAGACCGAUCCAUGUAUGGCCUCAAAGAGAAGGUUCUGGCCAAAUACAUAAUCAAGAUUCUGAAAAUUGACAAGAACUCCGAGGAUGGUUACAACUUGUUGAAUUGGAAACAGCCUGGACAAAACUCGGCAGCUAAAAAGGCAGGUGAUUUUCCAGGCAGGGUGCAUGAGGUGAUCUCAAAACGUCCUUUUCGGACACAACCAGGCGAUAUGACUAUUGAUGAGGUCAAUUUACUUCUGAACGACUUGUCGAAAGCGUCGAGGGAGGACAAACAACUGCCGAUCAUAGAGCAAUUCUACCGCCAGAUGAACCCGGACGAGCUCAAAUGGCUGAUAUGCAUAAUUCUUCGAGUCAUGAACGUCGGAGCCACCGAGAAAACCUUCUUGAACAUCUGGCAUCCCGACGCUGAUGCACUAUUCAACAUUUCAAGCAGUCUCAAGAAACUAUGCUGGGAGUUAUGGAACUCUUCCGUACGAAUCAAUUCAGACGAGGACCGUGGGGUCGCGCUUUUCCAGUGCUUUCAGCCACAACUGGCAAACUUUCAACCUAAGAAGAUGAAUGCUAUUGUUGCCAGAAUGCAUGUGACUGAAGACGACCCUGAAUUCUGGAUUGAGGAGAAGUUGGAUGGUGAGCGAAUGCAGCUUCAUAUGAGAACCAGUACACAUGUGCGAAACAAAUCAGAUACCGACCGCGACCCCUGGAAAGAAUUCUCGUACUGGUCGAGAAAAGCUAAAGACUAUACUUACUUGUAUGGUUGCUCUUUCGACGAUGAGAAAUCAGCACUAACCAGACACUUGCGGAAUGCCUUCAAUGAAGGUGUAGAGAGCGUUGUGCUAGAUGGAGAAAUGAUUACGUGGGAUCCAAAAACGGACAAGAUGGUACCAUUCGGUACCCUCAAGACCGCAGCUCUAGAUCAGCAAAGUAACCCCUUCUCGGACGGACCCCGCCCCUUGUUCCGAAUCUUUGACAUUCUCUACCUCAAUGGUACCGACCUGACUCGUUAUGAUCUCAAAACCCGGAGGGAUGCAUUACAAAAGGUCGUCAAGCCAGUCGAACGACGCUUUGAAAUCCUUGAGUACACCACUGGCCGGACUUGGGACGAUAUCGAGAGAGCCCUCAGGAAGGUCGUCGCUGAAGCAUCGGAAGGACUUGUGAUAAAGAACCCACGAUCCAGGUAUCGACUCAAUGACCGCAACGACGACUGGCUCAAAGUCAAACCAGAAUACAUGGAAGAGUUCGGAGAGUCUCUGGACUGCCUCGUGGUUGGAGCUUACUAUGGUUCUGGUAGACGUGGGGGUGGAUUGUCGAGCUUCCUAUGUGGUCUGCGGUGUGAUUCCGAACCUGGCGCAGGCCCUUCCCAAAAGUUCCUAUCAUUCUUCAAAGUUGGCGGAGGCUUAGCUGCGAACGAUUACGCCAACAUAAAACAUCACACCGAGGGUAAAUGGAUCAAAUGGGAUGCCAAGAAUCCACCCACUGAAUGGGUUGAACUUGGAGGGGGUAUUCAACAUCAGCGUGAGCGACCAGAUGUUUGGAUCAAACCCGAAGAUUCGGUCGUCGUUCAAGCCAAGGCAGCAUCUGUCGGGCCUAGUGACGAGUUUGCAGUCAACCUGACCCUGCGGUUCCCACGUUUCCAGAAGCUACGCAGUGACAAGGAUUGGACAAGCGCUCUAGGUCUACAAGAGUUCUACGAGCUGCGUGCACUGGCAGAAACGCGUAAAGAGGAGAAUCAAGCUAAAGCGAAAAUGCAGGCUGCCUCAAGGAAGCGUGCUCAAACAGCUGAUCGGAAGAGGAGACCUCUUCAGGUUGCAGGUUACUCUCAGAAGUCUCUGGAUGGAGCUGCAAAUUACAAAGAACAGAGCGAACCAACGAGUGUCUUCCGUGGCUUAACCAUCUAUGUUAUGACUGGCUCGACUAGCCCGAAGAAAAUGACCAAGGUCGAACUCGAGAAGCUGGUCAAGUCUCAGGGAGGUAAGAUUAUCCAGACAGCAGAUGCGAGACCCAGCGAUGAUGGUACCCCACCCGAUGAGGUUGUUUGUAUAGCUUCGUCCCGUGCUGUACAUGUCGCUAGUUUACUCAAGAAGGGACAUCUGCCUGUGUUCAAGCCAGCUUGGAUAUUCGACUGCAUCGCUCAAGCACAUAUCGACAUAGAUGCCGGUCUCACUGAAAUGCCUUUGCGACCCGAGCUCGAUCGACAUGUUUUCUACUCGCCAGAUGAUCGUAAGGAAAUCUAUCAGGGUGAAGUUGAUCAAUAUGGUAAUAGCUUCGCCCGUGACACCACUAUUGAUGAGCUGAAGGCAUGCAUGAACCAUAUGGAUGACAUCAAAGACAUGGAUUUCGAUCGACGCUUAUUGGACUUGGUGAGCGAAUCACCUGGCUGCAUGUUUCAGAAUACAGUAUUGUACUUUGUUCGCCUAGAAGAAGAGAGCGAUGCAACGACGCAAGAUUCAAUUUCCAAAUCCGAAAACGCUGAAGUCGUCGCUAGGUUUGCUGGUGCCAGAAUCUCGUUGAGCUUAGACGAUGAGGCCACAACACAUGUCGUGGUCGAUGCUGGUUUCGAAAAUUCCAAGGAGCUCAGAAAACUGCGGCAUAAGAUUGCAGAGAGAAAGCUUCUGCCACGACUGGUGACAGUUGAGUGGAUUACGACGAGCUGGGCAGAGGAAACACGACUGGACGAAGAGAGGUUUGCACCCUUGUAG